AUGGUUCGUCCCAGCGCUUGGGCGCUCAGUGCUGUUCUCCUUCCUGUUGUCUCCGCUCUCCCCGCAAAUGCACCAUGGAAGCAAGGACAUGAUGCUCAGGGAAAACGACAGUACUAUUCACCGCCAGUGGAUAGGGCACAAGCUGUCAUUGAUACAUUCAAGUUGAGCUGGGAAGGAUACUACAAACAUGCGUUUCCCAAUGAUGAACUCCACCCAGUCACAAACACCUUUGGCAACUCGCGCAAUGGGUGGGGCGCCUCAGCCGCCGACGCGCUCAGCACAGCGCUCAUCAUGGGCGAGAGAGAAAUCGUAAACCAAAUCAUAUCCUACAUCCCCACCAUCGACUGGUCCGUCACAUCCACCUCCGUCUCGCUCUUCGAGACCACAAUCCGGUACCUAGGCGGCAUGCUCUCCGGCUACGAUUUCCUCUCCGGACCGCUGGCGCACCUGGCAGACAACCCAGCGCACGUCGACGCGCUGCUGGAGCAGUCGGUCAACCUGGCCAAUAACUUGAGUUAUGCGUUCCAGACACCGUCGGGCGUACCGUAUAAUCUCCUGAAUCUGUCGACGCGGGACUGGAUCCGCGAACCCAACGGCCUCGCCACAGUCGGCACCCUAAUCCUCGAAUGGACACGCCUGUCCGACCUGACGGGAAACAGCAGCUACGCCUCCCUCGUCGACAAAGCAGAGUCCUGCCUGCUCUCCCCGUCUCCAGCCUCGUCUGAGCCGUUCCCCGGACUCCUGGGCACGGACAUCGAUCCCACGACGGGCGCGUUUCUGGAUGCGAGGGGCGGCUGGAUCGGCGGCACGGAUAGCUUCUACGAGUACUUGAUCAAGAUGUGGGUCUACGACCCGAGCCGGUACGAGGUUUUGCGUGAGAGAUGGGAGAAGGCUGCGGAUAGCACGAUAACGUAUCUUGCGAGCAGGCCGCUGACGUGUCCGGACCUCACGUUUGUGACGACGUAUAAUGGCACGGAGCUGCAACUCACGUCCGAACACCUCGCGUGUUUCGACGGCGGGAAUUUCAUCCUCGGGGGCCAAGUCCUCGGCUCCUCCAAAUACCUUCAAUUCGGCCUGUCGCUCGUCGACGGGUGCCAUGCUACCUACGCGUCGACCGCGACGCACAUCGGUCCCGAAGUAUUCGGCUGGGACCCGUCCCUCAUCCCUGCAGGCCAAGAGGCGUUUUUCGCUCAAAACGGCUUUUACAUUCUGCGCCCCGGGUACCAGCUCCGGCCCGAAGUCAUCGAGAGUUACUACUACGCGUACCGCGCAACAGGAGACACGAAAUACCAGGACUGGGCGUGGGAUGCGUUUGUUGCUGUUAAUGCGACGACGCGGGUCGGGAGUGGGUAUAGCACGAUCCGAGAUGUGAAUGUCGCAGGCGGUGGUGGGUUCGAAGAUAUGAUGGAGAGUUUUUGGUUUGCGGAGGUGCUGAAGUAUAGCUAUCUCAUCCAGGUGGACGAUGAUGCGCCCUGGCAGGUCAGCAAAGCGGGGAACAAUAAGUGGGUUUGGAAUACGGAGGCGCAUCCGGUGAGGGUUUAUGGGCAGUGA